AUGCAGAAUCACUUAAACAGAGCAAUUGUUGGAAUAUCAAAUUUGGAAAAUAUUCUGGGACUUCCCUAGGAGUAAGCUGACAAAUUGCCUAAUUGUGAUGAUCAUGCUCAAUUCAAAGUAAUCCAUGUAUGUUUGUUUGGUUGUGAAGGAAGGAUUCUGUACUGCAAAGAAUGUUCUAAGAAGAAAAUACCAGGAACUGAAAUUAAUGUUCAUGCCCAUGCGCCAGUGUACAUCCACGAUGCAUGCGCAUAGAUAGCAUACUCAUCCUAAUAAGCAAAAGAAAAGGCUGAAGAAUUAGUUUCAAAAGCAAAUGAGUUCUUCGAUAGAUAUAAAAUUGUACUUGAAUGCUUAGAUAGAAAACUCAUUGGAUAGGGAGAAGAUAAUUUUUUUAAUCCUCAAAACUAUAAUAGCUCCAUGAUGACUGAUUUCAAAGAGCUCACAAAAUUACUCGAAAAAAUAAAGUAAACAAAUGAUUACAUUGAGAAGAAAUCAAUUGAGCUUAAAAUUAUUGAUGUUAUAAAUAAAAAGCAACUGGUAGAGAGUUAUAAAGAGGAGGUAGAUAGAUAUGGAUAUCUUGACAAAAUUUCUUUUAACGAAGUCUGGUCGCACUAUAAUUCUCUUUUCUUUCAAGAUGAACAAUUAAAUCUUAAUUUGAAUGAUCUAGAUGCAGAUAACUACAAACUAUUGACCUUCUUAAGAGAAAAAGUCUCAAAUUAGAAGAUGGAAUGGUUAGAGGAAAAAUGCGACAGAUAAGCUGAAAGGAUUACUAGACUCGAACAAUUGCUUAAAACUAAAUUUGACCAAUUAAAUACGCUAUUAGAGACAUAGCUCGGUGUGGACAGGAUCGAUUGA